ACAGCAGCACAGCUAUUUUUCCCCCAAAACCGCAGGCUAAUCCCCAAAGCAAGAAAGCAUUUUGCAAUCGAGUUGUGUAGGUACACAGCUGAAGAGUAUUUAUUAACAGAAGUUAACCAAGGUUUGAAGAAUGGAACUGGGUUUUGACGAGAAGGACUAUUUAUCAUGCUGUGGAAGCACCAUAUUCGCCAAGGAAAUGGCUUCAGCCUCUCCUUUCUCUUCCUUUCAGCACGCCAUUUCCAUUGCCAGAGACAUUUGGUUCAACAGCGUUGAUGUCAAUGGUUGGCUUCAAGCUUUCUCUGCUCACCCUCAGAUUGGUCAAACCCAUGCUCCCUCUCACGCCUCGGAAACCAGUGCUCAGUGGAGUAAGGGAGAACAAUCAACUGCAUUAGCAACUGCUACUGGUUCUAGCUCACAGGAACUAUCCGAAUGGAAUGCUCGAUAUAUGCAGAAGUUUGGGUUUGUGUUUCUCAUAUGUGCAUCUGGGAGAAGUACUGAUGAGAUACUUGCUGAACUGAAGAGACGUUAUACAAACAGGCCAAUUGUUGAAUUUGAGAUCGCUGCUCAGGAGCAAAUGAAAAUUACAGAACUACGCCUUGCAAAGCUCUUUUCAAGCAGAGAAAACACUUCUUCUACAACUGAUAAGUAUUCCACUAUUGUUGUUAAAAAGGCAGAAGAAGAUCGUAUAGGCAUUAUUGGUGGUCAUGUAACUGCUGCUUCAGAAAAUUCAACUGGAAAAUCACUUCAAACUACUGCUAGAUCCCGCCCACCUAUUACCACUCAUGUGUUGGAUGUUUCGCGAGGCUGUCCCGCUGCUGGUAUGGAAGUACUUUUGGAGGUGUGGAGAGGCAGUCAGUCUCGACCAACAUUUGGGGCCGCCGGCGGUGGCAGUUGGGUGGUUCUAGGGUCAUCUACAACAGAUUUAGAUGGUCGGAGUGGUCAGCUGUUGAGCAUCGUGGACGAUGCGAAUCCAGGGGUAUACAGGAUAAGUUUUAACACCGGGAAGUACAACCCAAGCGGUUUCUUUCCUCAUGUGUCUAUUGUGUUUGAAAUCCUGGAGUCACAGAAAAAGCAACAUUUUCAUGUUCCUCUGUUGCUUUCACCAUUUUCAUUCAGCACUUACCGUGGAAGCUAGAAAUAUAGGAACUGUUGUCAUCUCGUGUGGUGCCAUGAGAGUUUUCAUAAGUGAACUUGUGUUUGUGCUUGUAGAACAAGAGAAGGGCACCAAAUGUAAAGAGAUAAUAAUUGGUGUUUGUUUGAUUUGUGUUAUCUUUACUCUAGGAAUAUAACAAUAGAGACAUUUUAAAAAUGAUGCAACUAAGAGCAUCAACAAUGGUGGUUGCUUAGCCAUAAGCAACCUGUUUAUUUUUUUUUUCUUUUCAAUUGGAGCAUGCUUAUGUGUAAAAUUGGUUGCUUAAAUAAAAACAACAAUGGUUGCUCCCACAAGCAAUAGUUGCUUA